GAGAGGGGUCGCUGGGAGAGGGUGGGUGAGGGACAGAACAUGUGGCAGAUGGGAAUGAGGGCCGUGAUUCUCACGCCAGGCACUGCUGCCCGCCCGCCGCCAUGCCGACCCGACUGCCCCUGCUGCCCCUGCGCCUGUGCCGGCUGUGGCCCUACAGCCCUUCCGUGCGGCUCCUCUCGGCCGCCACAGGGCAGCGCUGCACCCUGACAGAGACCCUGGUAACCCGGCCCUGCACAGCCGCUUUGUAGAGCUGAAUGAGGCUUACCAUGUGCUUAGCCAUGAGCAGAGCCGCCGAAGCUACAACAGCCAGCUCCAUUCAGCCAGCCACCCGAAAUCAUCAGGGACCACAGCCUACCCCAAGUCUGCCAGACAAACACACAGCAGCUCCUGGGCACCCCCCAACGAACAAUACUGGGCCCAGUUUCAUGGUGUGAGGCCACAGGGGCCUGAAUCACGGCGGCAGCAGCGGAAACACAAUCAUCGGGUGCUGGGGUACUGCCUCUUGCUCAUGCUUGCAGGCAUGGGCCUGCACUACGUUGCCUUCAGGAAACUGGAGGAGAUGCACCGCAGCUUCAUGGAUGAAAAGGACCGGAUCAUCACCGCCAUCUACAACGAUACACGGGCGCGGGCCAGGGCCAACCGAGCGAGGCUCCUACAGGAGCGGCACCCGGGGCUGCAGCCGCCGCCUUCCGGGGCUUCCCCAGGCUCCGGACUUGUGCCCCCUAGCGCCGGCCCCUGAGGGGCUCUACAGGCCCGCAGGGCAUUCGAGCCUCGCUGAGGCCCCGGACUGUGCAAUAAAGCGGUUCUCAGAGCUU